AUGCAGCUCCUCCUCCUGCUCGCGACAUGGCUUUCGACCGUUUGCGCGACGCCGACACUGGGCUACCCGAUCAACUCACAAGUCCCGCCAGUAGCACGCGUUGGCAAGGCCUUCAGCUAUGUGUUCCCAGCCAAUACGUUUGGCAACUAUCGCCCGGAUGUCGUCUUUCAAAUCACAGGCCAGCCGGCGUGGCUCAACAUUGACGCAGCGACGCGGACACUCUACGGAACUCCUGCGACUGGUGAUAUUGGCGCGCCAAAGUUCAACUUGGUUGCAGCAGACUCGACAGGUUCUGCUAUUGACACGGUUGUCCUGAUUGUAUCGGCGUUGCCAGGCCCGUACAUUGCGCUACCCCUCUCGACACAAUUACGCACGAUGGGACGCGUCGAUGGACGUGGUGGCCUGGUGUUGGAGCCGAACCAACAAUUCAAGAUUGCCUUUGCAAGCGGUACCUUUGCAGAAGCUGGUGGCAAUGUGUCUGCGUACUAUGGCACCUCUGACAACCAUACCCCUCUGCCCUCUUGGAUAUCUUUCGAUCCCUCUACAAUUGCAUUCAGCGGUAAGACGCCGCCUGUCUUGUCUGCGAUUGCGCCGCCUCAGUACUUUGAGUUUGUCUUGGUUGGUACAGACUUCCCUGGAUUUGCUGGCAUCAGUGCUACUUUCAACAUUGUAGUUGGAGCACACAGCCUGUCCUUUGACACGCCCAUGUACACUCAGAAUGCUACUUUUUCUUCGCCCUUCUCUUUCAAGAUCCCCACUGGCAGUCUCAAGCUUGAUGGAGUUGCUGCAGCUGCUGCCAACAUCUCGUCCAUCACAGCCAACACGACAGGAACAUGGCUUAGCUUUGAUCCUCAAACACUGACACUAAGCGGUACGCCUGGUGCUACUUCAGAGUCUUUGACCAUUGCCAUUACUGCCAAUGAUGUCUUUGGCAGCGUCGCCGUCACUGCCGUGCGAGUCGUUGUCAGUAGUACGUCUGUCAGCAUCUUUUCAGGUUCACUCCCAACGUCCAUCAACGCGACGGGUGGCAGUUUCUUCUCCUACACGUUCGAUAGCAGUGUUGUGCCAACAGCGGCGUCUCUGACAGUGACUGUGUCUGGAGCCACUUGGUUGAUGUACAAUCCAGAGAAUCGAACAUUAUACGGUCAAGUGCCAGCAAGUCUCUUGACAAAGCGUCAAGCCACGACAGUCAAUGUCAAUAUCGAGGCUGCGUUGAAUGGUGAAACGGCAACACGCGAUAUUGGUAUUAAUGUUGUGAGUGGAAACAUCGUUGCUAGCUCAUCUACCCCUGUCACAAGCAGUGCUACGGCAUCUGCCCCUUCUACGUUGAGUCGAUCCACCACGACUGCAUCGCGAACAACAUCCAGCAGCUCUGCAGCUGUUUCUGCUCGUGCAAGCAACAGUGCAGCAGCAGCGACCGGUUCUUCGAAUUCAAGCAAGCUAGGCGGUGGUGCCAUUGCUGGAAUUGUCAUUGGUGUGCUUGCUGCCCUUGCCCUUGGCUUGAUGCUUUUCUGGUGCUGCUGUCUACGCAAGCGUCGUGGUCGCAAUGGUUCACAACGUUCCGCUUCACCUUCAGACAUUUCACGGCCCAUGGAAAAGACUGAAGAUUGGCCCAUGCGUAAUGCCGAUGAUCCAGCACAAUACGACGCGCCUCGUCAAUUAGGCACGUUUGAUAUCUUCAAGUCAACAAGUGAUGGUCGAUUGAGUGGGUAUGUGGCAGAGAUAAAUACACACCAUGAGUUGGCGCCGCCGUUGGCUCAUGAAUUGCCACCAUUGCCGGAUUCACCGAGUUUGGCACCAGUUGCGAGUGCGUAUGCGUCGAGCGAGCCACGAUCUACCAGUGGCACGUAUACGGCGUCCAGAUCGAGUGCUGCACCGAGUAGUGCUGCUGCGAGUGGUCGGAACAAUCAACGUGCCUUGUCGGACAUUACAACGAGCACGAAUGUACCCAGCCGGAAUCCACGAACUGGCAGUAUUCUGAAGAAUACGCUCGGCAGGCUUUCUGUCUUUGGCUCCGAGAAUACACCAAACAGGGAUAGCACCAACACGCUGGAUACGGUUGCCACGGAUGAGCUAUUCAGUGUCCGGCUCGUGGGUGACACAUCUCAAGCUUCCUCACAGAGUUACCCAAUGGCACCGCCACUCGCACGGACGGCACUACCUCGUCGCAUGUUGACGAGUGCGACUGCCAAUAGUGGUCAGACGAUUGGCUCCUACACCUCCUCUGAGGGUGAUUACAUUCAACGCUUUGGCAGCAAUCAAGAGUCUCUCUCGAGCGGUCAACGUUCACAACAAAACAUGGCUGCUGGACGUCAAGAUAGUAGCCAAGCACAACCCUGGCGUGUAUUGCAGCAUGGCAACUCAUAUGGCAGUUUCAACAGUUAUGCAACAACGGACAGUAACUUGAGUGAUGAGUUUUCUUUUGAUGAUUCAUUGCAUGUUGCUGCGGGGAAUGCAUCGCAAGUCUUCAAUACGAGCGGUCAAGAGGAAGCGGAGCGGGAUGCAAGAGCAGUGUUAUCACCGAGUCAGCGCGUGUUGGCUGUUAGACCUGAUUCGAAUGGACAGCUACUGGAUGCACCCUUCUCACCGCAAUGGGGGAAUGGUGGAACACCUAUUUUGGGAGCAGAGGUCACACGGCGGCCGACAUUGACGGAGCGAGUCUUGUCAUCUAGCAAGAAUGCAUCGUUGCAGCUACAAGAUCCGAGGAAGCGGCCAAUGUCGAGUGAUGUGGAGAGCUCGAAUGAUUUGAGCGGUGAAACGUCUGGUGAGAUUGCAUUCAUCUGA